UCUUUCUUUUUGGUGGAGAUUCUUGGAACACGACCGUAGGAUUUAGUCCCAAAUAUUCAUUAUUAUCCAAAGGCCAUGCAUUUGAAGAUCUCCAUCAGUAACUCUUACAACCAUCUAUUUUUGAGAUUUUGUGUUUCGAAUCCUUGGAUAUGGCUUGAAGUGAUGGUCUUUUUCUUCUGGAUCGUGUGUUGGAACUCGUAAUAUUUAGAUUUCAUCUCAUCGGCUACGCAUUUAUGUGUCGCUUUGGCUGACUCGCUAGUCUUUUUUGUGGUCCAUUCUUGUAUCAUCCUUUUCUAUAUUAAAGCUGCUUCUUUGUUACAAGUACUUUCAUUAGAAUGAGCCUGCUGAUAGCUUCUUCAGCGGAUAUUAAGCAAAUUUGUGCGAAACUUGACUAUUUUUCUUAUCUCUGACCUACAGAAAAAUCGUGGAAUUAAAAGAAAUUUAUAUGGGUAGAUUUCGAACAGCAUAUGGAUCCGCAUUUAAAUCUCAUUGAUCUUAACUAAGUCGUACGUCAUCUCCUUUCCGAAUCGGUGGAUCUCGGAUGCCGUUGUAUUAAUACUGCCAGUUUUCUGUCGUGGCAUGGAAAUGUUUAGGCAUAUGUAUCCCAUCUUCAGGCAUGGGUUUAAAGGCUUUGUCCAUUCAAAUAGUCACAUAGGAUUGAACUUUAGAACUUCCAGAUGCACCUACUUUCACCCGAUCCCAUUUUGUUACCGGAUCCAUUCUUCUGCAGAAUGUUCGGUUCAAUCUUCAGAAGAGGAAGUUGUGAUUGCUUUAGGUAGCAAUGUUGGAGACAGAAUCCAUAAUUUCAAUAAAGCAUUGCAAAUGAUGAAGAAAUUAGGUGUAAAUAUCACAAGACAUGGCUGCUUAUACGAGUCAGAGCCUGCUUAUGUAACUGAGCAACCUUUAUUUCUGAAUUCUGCUGUCAGAGGUACCACAAAACUUGGGCCUCAUGAGUUAUUGAAAGCACUUAAACAGAUUGAGAGGGACUUAGGGCGGCAGGAUGGAAUUAGAUAUGGUCCAAGGCCAAUUGACCUGGACAUUCUUUUCUAUGGGAAGUGCAAAAUUGAGUCUGAAGAUCUUAUAGUGCCUCAUGAGCGUAUAUGGGAAAGGGCUUUUGUCGUAGCACCUCUUAUCGAUCUAUUGGGAUCAUCUAUUGACAAUGAUAAUGUGGCAAGUUGGCAUUCUUUAGUAGGACGAAGAGGUGGAAUAUUUGAAUUGUGGGAAAAACUAGGUGGUGAAUCCUUGAUUGGGAGCAAAGGAUUGAAAAGAGUUUUACCAAUGGGAACUCAUUUAUGGGACUGGUCAGAGAAGACACAUGUUAUGGGUGUUCUAAAUCUGACUCCCGAUAGUUUUAGUGAUGGAGGGAAGUUUUUGGAAGUUAACGUUGCAGUUUCUCAGGUCAGGUUGUUGAUCUCAGAAGGGGCAGAUAUUAUUGAUAUUGGUGCUCAAUCUACACGCCCUAAUGCAAGUCGGCUUUCUGUUGAUGAAGAACUUCAGAGGCUUAUUCCAGUAUUAGAUGCAGUUGUUAAAAUGCCUGAGGUGGAAGGGAAGCUAUUGUCAGUCGAUACAUUCUAUGCAGAAGUUGCAUCUGUAGCGGUAAACAGAGGGGUUCAUAUUGUUAACGACGUCUCUGGUGGACAGCUUGACCCUAAAAUUUUGAGUGUAGUAAGAGACCUUGGUGUUCCUUAUAUUGCAAUGCAUAUGAGAGGUGAUCCAACUACCAUGCAAAGUAAUGAAAAUUUGAAGUAUGAAGAUGUUUGUGAGCAAGUUGCUUCUGAAUUAUAUAACCGGUUGCAUGAAGCCGAAUUAGCAGGAAUUCCCAUAUGGCGGAUAAUAAUUGACCCUGGCAUUGGCUUCUCAAAGAAAACUGAACACAACUUGGAACUAAUUAUGGGUCUAUCAAACAUCCGGAGAGAAAUUGGUAAGAAAAGCUUGGCUGCUUCACAUGUGCCAAUCUUGCUUGGACCAUCUAGAAAAAGAUUUUUGGGUGACAUCUGCAACCGUAGAAGUCCUGAUGAGAGAGAUCCUGCCACCAUUGCUGCCGUCACAGCUGGCAUUUUGGCUGGUGCUAAUAUCAUCAGGGUUCAUAAUGUUGGCUAUGGUCUGGAUGCUGCGAAGGUCUGUGAUGCAAUGCUUAAACAACAAAAAUCAAUUAGCUAAGAGAUAUGCCUAUACAUGCCAAUUUGAUCUUUUCUAUAAAUUAAAUUUUCAUGAUCACCCAUAAUCCUGGUGGUCAGUGACUGAUUCCUCAUUGAGAAAUGUGUAACGGAAAGCGUUUUCCCCCUUCUGGCUUAGGUAUUUAAUGACUUCCUUGCUGGGAUUCGUUCAGUUGCAAGCCACUUCCCAGGACUGACUCAUGUAACAGUUCCACACUUAAUAUUCUACAAAUAAAAUAUUUAAAGUUUUUGAACGAAUUUAAUUUUUUUACUACUUGUGAAUCUUGAUCUUUCCUCUCUUGUUUGAAAAUCUUAUAUAUGGUGAUUUGUUUUAUUGAUUCAAUAUUCAGCACUCUA